CACGGACAGACCCUGAUAUACCAUCGGACGAAGCGAUCCAUCUGGAGCUUGCGGAUCAAUUGGCAUUGGAAGAUAUCACGCAAUGGCACCCCCAGCUACCACCGCACCCGUCGCGCCAGGCGACUCGACAAAGAAGAAGCCCGUCUCGUACUCCAAUUUGCUUUUGGGAAGUGGAAUGAACUUGUUUGAGGUGUCGACACUCGGUCAGCCUCUCGAGGUCUUGAAGACACACAUGGCCGCAAACCGCCAAGACAACAUCGUUACCGCGUUCAAGAAGACUUGGGGGCGUGGUGGUGUCAAGGGUUUCUACCAGGGUUUGAUCCCAUGGGCCUGGAUUGAGGCUUCGACGAAGGGAGCUGUGUUGUUGUUUACUGCGAGUGAGUUGGAGUAUGCGGCGAAGGCUGCGGGUGCGAAUCCCUUCUUGGCGGGUAUGCUCGGUGGUAUGGGUGGUGGUAUCGCGCAGGCCUACGCGACGAUGGGAUUCUGCACAUGUAUGAAAACAGUCGAAAUCACCCGCCACAAAGUCGCCGCGGCAGGCGUGAAACCCCCAGGCACGAUGCACACCUUCCUCGACAUCUACCGCCGCGAAGGAAUCCGCGGAAUCAACAAAGGCGUCAACGCCGUCGCCAUCCGACAAUGCACAAACUGGGGCUCGCGUAUCGGACUCUCGCGUCUCGCGGAAGGCUGGAUCCGUAAAGCCACGCACAAAGAACACGGCGAAAAGCUGUCUGCGGCCGAACGGAUUGGAGCGAGUGUUAUUGGUGGUGGGUUGAGUGCGUGGAAUCAGCCGAUUGAGGUUAUUAGGGUUGAGAUGCAGAGUGCGAAGGCUGACCCGAAUCGUCCGGCGAAGAUGACGGUUGGGAGUGCGUUUAGGUAUAUUUAUCAGAAUAAUGGUGUGAAGGGGUUGUAUCGGGGUGUUACGCCCAGGAUUGGGUUGGGUGUUUGGCAGACGGUUUGUAUGGUUAGUUUUGCGGAUAUUGCGAGGGGGUAUAUCGAGAAGAUGACGGGUGAGAACCCGGUUGGUCAUUAAGUUUGAGGAAGAGCUAGCGAGGUGGUUUGGCAUAUCGUUAAGGACGGGAGGGAAGCCGAAAAGCGUGAUGUUGCCAGCGG